AUUUCAACAACUGUCAAAGCGCGAAAUGAAAAUAGUCGACCCUUGGAAAACAAUCACGAUAGAGUCAACCUAGUCAACAGACAGCUCAGGAGAGUUCCUGUUUGUCCGACGGAUUCACCGAUGUCGGAUAGCGAGACAUCGAAUGCUUCCUAUGAGUUGACCUUGUUCGAUAUUGCCUGGGAGGAUGUCCUGUAUGCCAUACUAUUUCCACUAUUAUCACUGAAAGAUCUGUUUAACCUACGCUGUUGUUCCCGGAUAUGUAAACAGCUGGUAGAUGAUGGAUUUUAUCACAUUCGGGAUGUAAAUCUUUCGGGAAACAAUUCCCCCCGUAUCGAGAUAGCGUUUCAGGUUUUAUCACGGAGUUGCAGAAACGUUCGAACGGUGAAUUUGGCUAAAUGCAACUGGUUACGAGAUGACGAUCUGAGUAGAUUUCUUAGGACAAACACAAAGAUACGGAAAAUCAAUUUAAGUGAGUGUCCUCACAUAUCUACGGCUUCGUUGCAGCCAAUUAUCAUUGACUGCAAAGAUUUGCUGGUAUUGAAAUUAGCUCGAUGCAACUGGCUCACAAUUGGGGCGAUGGAGGCCCUAACGCUUCACCAUUCGCAAAUUCAGGAACUGGAUAUUUCAUACUGCAGCUCUUUGAGCGAGCGAUGCAUCACGAUAUUCUUACACAACUGUCGGCUGAUUAGAACGCUUUCACUGGCAUAUAUUCCAAGUGUCACGGAUAAUUUACUGUAUUCAAUAGCGAAGAAUUCAAAAGCCAUGAAACACUUGAAUAUUAUCGGUUGCCAGAUGACGACGGAUCGGGGUGUAGGUGCCAUUUCGCUUUACUGUACUCAACUGGAGUCGCUGAUGGUACGCGAUUGUCCUUACAUCACAGAGCGCAGUUUAGCGUUACUACGUGGACGCGUCUUCAUUGACCGUUCCCGGGAUUACCAGCAACAGCUCAACAUAGCGCCUAACGUAGGCCUUCCUAGGCUAUUUUUACAAGUUUAAUAACAGAAUUGGCCCCGCGUGAUAUAAUUUUAGUUGAAAUGCUUUCUACAUAAAUUUGAAGAUUAAUAUUCAUGUGUAUAGUGUCGUAGACUAGGUGUUAAUGGUUUUCGUCCAAAUAAGAUUAAUAAUCUAAUUAAAAUUCAAUGUGAUGUUUUAUAUGGAAUAUAUUGGUGAAAUAUGUUAUGCAGUA